GCUAGCUAAGAUAUCAAGGAUGAAGCUCCUUUUUGUAGCUGCCUUUGCACUCUUUGUGCUCUCUACAUUUGACAAGGCUGACUCUUCAGCUUAUGACAAAAUAGUUGCCCACAGUCGCAUCAGGGCAAGGAAAGAAGGACCCAAUGUCUGCGCACUCCAGCAAGUCAUGGGGACCAAGAAGAAGUACUUCAGCACUUGCCGUAAUUGGUACCAAGGGGCCAUCUGUGGAAAGAAAGCGACUGUGCUGUAUGAGUGCUGCCCUGGGUACAUGAAGCUGGAGGGCAUGCGUGGUUGCCCUGCAGUGGCCCCUAUUGACAACGUGUAUGGCACUUUGGGCCUGGUGAAGGCCACCUCCACCCAAAAGUACUCUGACAUCUCUAAGCUAAGGUCUGAGAUUGAGGGAUCUGGUUCCUACACCUUCUUUGCCCCCAGCAACGAGGCCUGGGAGCUUUUGGAUGAAUCAAUGAGGAAUGCACUGGUCAGCAAUGUCAACGUUGAACUGUUCAACGCUCUGCAUUAUCACAUGGCCAACAAACGCCUCUUGACCAAAGAUCUGAAGAAUGGAAUGACAGUCACCUCCAUGUACAAUGACCUUGGUCUCCAAAUUAACCAUUACCCCAAUGGCGUGGUGACUGUGAACUGUGCCAGGAUUAUCUAUGGCAACCAGGUCGCCACCAAUGGCGUUGUGCAUGUCAUUGACCGUGUCAUCAGCGCUGUUGGAAACACAAUCCAGGAUGUCAUUGAAGUUGAUGAUGACCUUACGACUCUGAGUGAUAUAGCUCAAAACUCUGGACUUCUGGAGAAGCUGGGUCAGCCAGGACAUUACACUCUCUUUGCUCCCACCAACGAAGCCUUUGAGAGUCUGGGCAGUGAUGUGUUGGAAAGACUUCUGGGCGACAAAGAGGUCCUCAAAGCUCUUUUGAAUUUCCACCUCCUGAACUCAGUCCAGUGCUCUGAAGCUAUCAUGACUGGUACCUCUUACGAAACCAUGGAGGGCAACAACAUUGAGAUUGGGUGUGAUGGCGAAAGCUUAACAGUCAAUGGAGUCAAGAUGGUGCGCAAGAAGGACAUUGUCACCACCAACGGUGUCAUCCAUCUUAUUGACCAAGUGCUCAUGCCAGACUCAGCCAAGCAGGUGAUGGAACUUGUGGGAAGUUCCCAGUCAACUUUCGGCGACAUGGUGUCCGAGCUUGGCCUUUCAGCUGAAAUGAGAGCAGACACUGAUUAUACUUUACUGGCUCCCCUCAACGUUGCCUUCAAUGAUGAGGUGAUGUCCAUGGAUCAGAGGUUGCUCAAGAUUAUCCUGGAAAACCACAUCUUAAAGAGAAAGAUUGUCCUUGGGCAGUUAUUCAAUGGCCAGAAGCUGGAGACCAUUGCAGGAAAAUUUCUGAGGGUCUUCAUCUAUCGCACAGCUGUGUGCAUUGAGAAUUCCUGUCUGAUAAGAGGAAGUAAGGAAGGAAGCAACGGGGCCCUUCAUCUCAUGAAGACUCUGUUGAGACCAGCAGAAAAGUCUAUGUUUGAGAUUCUGACAGAAAAUGGAGGGUUCAAGAUCUUUUUGUCUCUGAUGGAUGUUGCUGGCUUGACUGACCUGCUGAAACAGGAGGGAGACUUUACUCUGUUCGCCCCAAGUGAUAAGGCUUUUGCUGGUUUGAGCGAGAGUGACUUUAACUUGUUGAAGAGUGACAUUAAUGCUCUCAGAACCAUCCUUCUGUAUCACAUCAAUAAUGGUAUCUUCAUUGGUGGUGGUUUGGAGACUGGUGUGACAAACCUUCUCAAGUCUCUUCAGGGCAGCAACCUCAAAGUGACUUGGGGAGACAACACCAUGAAAGUGAAUUCUGUCCAAGUCCCUGAGUCAGAUAUCAUGGCCACAAAUGGAGUCAUUCACAUGGUCAACCAAGUCUUAUAUCCUGCAGAUAUCCCUGUUGGAAGCCAGGAUCUCCUCAUGCUGUUGAGGAGGCUCAUCUCUUACAUGCAAGUCAAGUACAUCUCAGGAUUCAGAUAUCAGGAGAUUCCCCUUACAUUCAUGAAGACGAUCAUCACUCGUGUGGUCCAGGAAGUUCCCGAUAUAACCAAAGUGACAAGAGUUAUUCAAGCAGAGCCCACUAUUACCAAGGUUACCAGAGUCAUUGAAGGUCAGCCCUCUGUCACCAAGGUUACCAGAGUCAUUGGAGGUCAACCCUCCAUCACCAAGGUCACCCAAGUCAUUGAGGGUGAACCCUCUAUCACCAAAGUUACCAGGGUCAUUGAAGGCCCCCAGUACUCAGUCAGCAGUGGCACCACCAACAUCGCCCUGGAAGGAAUUGACCUUUCAACAAUCAACACCGAGGAUGAUGCUGAAAGACUUACCAAAAUUAUCCAGGCAGGCGGUACGAGGAGAACCUCUCCCCGCAGAGUUAUAGCUGGCAGCAGAAGGCGGGGAAGGGACUGAGCAUGGACGGAUGAAAAUAUCAACUUAGUAAAGGCAGAGACUGACACCACACCUGGAGGAUCAAUCUGGUGAUUUAUAAAAGGGUUACACUUAAAAUGUCAGUGAUUCCAGAUAUACUGUAAAAGGUAUAAUUGACCAAAAUAAAACCAUUCUCAUAAACAAUUUAAUGGUGCUUUGAAUGUAUAUCUCUUAUGAGUGUGCAACGUCUGAAAUGAGUUCAGUGUACGUAAACAGUGUUCAAAUUAACAUUUUGGCAUGACAUCAAAGACACAGAGCAAGUUAGGGUAGCAAUAAAAUCCAAGCCAUUAGAGUAGCAAUAAAAACAUUUCAGAUCUAAACUUCUCCAUGACUCUGCUGGAGGUGAAAGUUUAAAUAAGGAUAUUUUAGUAGCUGUUGGGGAAGAUUUAUAAAUCUCAGCAUGAUAAAGAUUGAAAAAGAAAUAAUGAUGUGUUUUCAGAUUUUUACUGUUACAUUCUUUUUUUUCUGUGGCUUGUAAGGCGCUUAGGAUUUCAUGUAAGUCGCAUUGAUGCUUUUGUCAUUUGGAGCGAUGUAUCCAACUGCAGGGUUUUUACUCAUUUCUGUUUUUUUUAACAUCUAAUAAAGUGCAGUUUUUUGCAUACAUAUGCCAAUUUGAAAAGGGCAUCUGUAUUGACUGAGUAGUUUCUAUUAUAUUUGUUGAACUUUGUUAAUAUUGGGUCAUAAAAUAGAAUCUAAAAUAUCAAAUGUCAAAUCUAAUUAUCGUCUGCAUUUUCUGUUUCCAAAUAUGAGGUCUUUAAAUUAGGCUGUAAAGAUUCUGAGUCAUCCUUUUUAAUGGAUCAGUUAUUUUUCUGUAUGUUUAAGAGGGAGCAUGGCAGUCCACUUUUGGAAACUUCCAAGAAUACAUUAUCUAAAAUAUGAAAUAAACGGGUUUAAUGUGCAA